AUGAUUUGGCCUGUUGCUCAAGAUAUGGCACUGGAUUUGAUAAAAACAACAGGAUCAGAAACAUACAGAAUCAUAAACAAUUCAACAGAAACUGUUGUAUCAUCAGUGAUCUUACAGUUUCUUGAAUCAAUUCUUGCUGACAUGGAUCAAAUCAGUAUGAAAAUGAAAACAUGUUUCACUAGUUCUUAUAAAGGGAUAGUGGUAGAUGAUGAUGAUGAUGAUGAUGAUGAUGAUGAUGAUGAUGGGAUACACAAGUCACAUUUGACAUUAGAAGAGACUCUGUACCAUAGGGCUGAAGCUGUCAUAGAACUGUUAUCUUCUUUUGUGGUGAUGAAUCUCAAGGAUCUUCAAGGUGAACAUGUAGUGAGAUUGGCUGCUAAAUUCUACAAGAACUUAGCUAGGGUUUCAAAGUUUCUUAUCGCACCUAAAGGUUGCAAGCAAAUUUUACCUAGUCUUAAGUUUCAGAAUCAUCCAUAG